UGUUUUCCCUGCCCGGGGCGCUUUGGGGGCGCGCCGGCGGAAGCGGAAGUGGCGGCGGGCGGGAUGGAGGAACCGGAGAUGCAGCUGAAGGUGAAGAAAGUGACGGACAAGUUCACCGAGAGCCUGUACGUGCUGGCCAACGAGCCCUCGGUGGCGCUGUUCCGGCUGCAGGAGCACGUGCGGCGCUCCCUGCCCGAGCUGGCCCAGCACAAGUCGGACAUGCAGAGCUGGGAGGAGCAGAGCCAGGGAGCCAUUUACACCGUGGAGUACGCCUGCAGCGCCAUCAAGAACAUGGCCGACAGCAGCGUUUACUUCAAGAGCAUCGACAGCCUGCUCAGGCACUCCAUAGCCAUGAAGGAGCAGCUCAGCGCUGCCCAGGGCCGCAGCACCAUCACCCCCCAGCCCAAGAAUCCUCCAGGCACCUCCUGAUUUUCCAUCCUGAAUUUCCCAGCCUUGGGAAGAAGUGAAAAAACCUCUGGGGCUGCACAGGUAGAGAGGCCCCUGAAUUCCCGGGAAAACAGCAAAAAGAAGGAGCUGGAAAAUCCCAAAUCCUGCUUUUUGGGACCUCUUUUCCGUGGAAAAACAGGGUGGGUUUGUGUUUAUCCUCUUCCCUUUCUUUUUCCCCCAAAAAACCCUCAGAGAUGAGGUCUGGCUUUGGGAAUUUCGUGUGAAAAGCUGGAAUGUGAGCAGCACUCCAGGCUUUUGUUGAGGAGGAAUUCUCCAAGGAGAAACUUUUCCAGCUGCUGCCAAGGAAUUGCUGGGUUUGGUUUUAAUGAGGACGAGAAUAAAAAGGAAAAAAAAAAACCA